ACAACUCCAACGUCUACCGAAUCCACAACAGAAUCUACAACACCAACCACUACUGAAUCCACAACAGAAUCCACAACACCAACAACUACAGAAUCUACAACACCAAGUACUACUGUAACAACUACUGAAUCUACAACUCCAACGUCUACCGAAUCAACUACAGAAUCUACAACACCAACCACUACUGAAUCAACUACAGAAUCUACAACACCAACAACUACAGAAUCUACAACACCAAGUUCUACUGUAACAACUACUGAAUCUACAACUCCAACGUCUACCGAAUCAACUACAGAAUCUACAACACCAACCACUACUGAAUCAACUACACAAUCUACAACACCAACAACUACAGAAUCUACAACACCAAGUUCUACUGAAUCUACAACUCCAACUUCUACCGAAUCCACAACACCAACAACUACAGAAUCAACUACUGAAUCCACAACACCAACAACUACAGAAUCUACCACACAAAGCUCUACUGUAACAACUACUGAAUCUACAACUCCAACGUCCACCGAAUCCACAACAGAAUCUACAACACCAACUACUACUGAAUCAACUACAGAAUCUACAACACCAACAACAACAGAAUCUACCACACAAAGCUCUACUGUAACAACUACUGAAUCUACAACUCCAACGUCUACCGAAUCAACUACAGAAUCUACAACACCAACCACUACUGAAUCAACUACAGAAUCCACAACACUAACAACUACAGAAUCUACAACUCCAACGUCUACCGAAUCAACUACAGAAUCUACAACACCAACCACUACUGAAUCAACUACAGAAUCUACAACACCAACAACUACAGAAUCUACCACACAAAGCUCUACUGUAACAACUACUGAAUCUACAACUCCAACGUCUACCGAAUCCACAACAGAAUCUACAACACCAACCACUACUGAAUCAACUACAGAAUCCACAACACCAACAACUACAGAAUCUACAACACCAAGUACUACUGUAACAACUACUGAAUCUACAACUCCAACGUCUACCGAAUCAACUACAGAAUCUACAACACCAACCACUACUGAAUCAACUACAGAAUCUACAACACCAACAACUACAGAAUCUACAACACCAAGUUCUACUGUAACAACUACUGAAUCUACAACUCCAACGUCUACCGAAUCAACUACAGAAUCUACAACACCAACCACUACUGAAUCAACUACACAAUCUACAACACCAACAACUACAGAAUCUACAACACCAAGUUCUACUGUAACAACUACUGAAUCUACAACUCCAACGUCUACCGAAUCAACUACAGAAUCUACAACGCCAACCACUACUGAAUCAACUACAGAAUCUACAACACCAACAACUACAGAAUCUACAACACCAAGUUCUACUGAAUCUACAACUCCAACUUCUACCGAAUCCACAACACCAACAACUACAGAAUCAACUACUGAAUCCACAACACCAACAACUACAGAAUCUACCACACAAAGCUCUACUGUAACAACUACUGAAUCUACAACUCCAACGUCCACCGAAUCCACAACAGAAUCUACAACACCAACUACUACUGAAUCGACUACAGAAUCUACAACACCAAAAACAACAGAAUCUACCACACAAAGCUCUACUGUAACAACUACUGAAUCUACAACUCCAACGUCUACCGAAUCAACUACAGAAUCUACAACACCAACCACUACUGAAUCAACUACAGAAUCCACAACACUAACAACUACAGAAUCUACAACUCCAACGUCUACCGAAUCAACUACAGAAUCUACAACACCAACCACUACUGAAUCAACUACAGAAUCUACAACACCAACAACUACAGAAUCUACAACACCAAGUUCUACUGUAACAACUACUGAAUCUACAGAAUCUACAACAACAACAACUACAGAAUCUACAACACCAAGUUCUACUGUAACAACUACUGAAUCUACAACUCCAACGUCUACCGAAUCCACAACAGAAUCUACAACACCAACUACUACUGAAUCUACAACACCAAGUUCUACUGUAACAACUACUGAAUCUACAACUCCAACGUCUACCGAAUCCACAACAGAAUCUACAACACCAACUACUACUGAAUCAACUACAGAAUCUACAACACCAACAACUACAGAAUCUACCACACAAAGCUCUACUGUAACAACUACUGAAUCUACAACUCCAACGUCUACCGAAUCAACUACAGAAUCUACAACACCAACCACUACUGAAUCAACUACAGAAUCCACAACACCAACAACUACAGAAUCU